AUGGCAACAUUAAAUGAUAUAGUUUGUUCUUGGGAGAACACGUUCAAUCGCAUAAAACGUUCUUACAAUCUGCAUUAUCAUCUGAAACCCGAGCAAAUUGAUGUCAUUACUCAUAUUUUGCGAAAUGAAAAUUGCUUUGCUGUGCUACCAACUGGAUUUGGGAAAAGUAUCUGUUACAUGCUCCCACCAGUUUUGUUAAAUGAAACAAUCAGUGAUAAACGGCAUUACGGUUUGAUUAUAUCGCCACUACGAAGCCUAAUGUACGACCAGGUGCGUAGUUGCAAUGCUAUGGGCAUUAAGUCAUGCUGCAUCACAAGGAAGAAAGAUAUGGAUACAGAAACUAUUGAAGCCAUAGAUGAAUGUCAUGUCCUAGAAUUAUGGGGUGACGAUUUCAGACCAACAUACAGAAUGUUAGGCGAACUACGAAGCCAUUUUUCUUGUUCGUUUUUAAUUCUGACGGCAAUCUGCACGAAUGUUAUGAAACGUAACAUUCUUAAACAAUUGUACUUUGGAAACAAGCUGCAUCUCAUUUUCACCAAAGUGCCCGACAGGCCUAACAUUAGUCUCUACUACAAGUUUGGCUCAUUGUCCAUUACUGAAGAGAUGGCUUGGUAUCUAAGGGAACUCAAAAGUGACGGCAUCACAGCACGGAAAGCCAUCAUUUAUGUCAGAACCAUCACUCAGUGUGGCAAAGUAUUUGCUAAUUUUAUGGCCUACCUGGGAAAUGCUGCUUAUGGAGAUGGAAGCAAAGUUAUACAAAACCGAAUUUUGGAAGUUUACCACGGGGCAUUGGCCAGCACAGACCAGGAGAGAGUUGUUUCACGUUUCUCGCAGGAUAAUGUUUUAAGAUGUAUAAUUUGCACUGGCGUUUGGGAUGGGGGGUGA